ACUACUGAUGGCUUAUCUAAAUCGAAAAAAUCAAGUGUUUUGAAUCAGUCAUCGACAGCAACCACAACGACAACCACAACAACAGGUCAACUGUUAGGACAGUCGACAUCAAUGUCAUCGCCGGCGCCGCCGACGCCGUCGACAACAACAUUGUUAUCAAUACUGGUCGCCGAAGGUAUAGAUCUGAUACUUAAUGUACUCAACAAUGCCAUAACAUUACACAAACGGGUGACGGGAUCUAAACAGUGCUGUACGCCCAGCCAUAGACUACGUGAGUGUACCUACCAUUGCCUACAAAUCCUAUCGGUUCGGGCGCUCCUGUAUUCAAGUCAAUGUCAAUCGGCACAGAAACGGCUGAUCAGCGAAAGUCCGCUAAAAGUAUUAAUAACAGCCAUCGACUCGACACACGAUCCGCAAUUGAUAUGUUUGGCGUUGCAAAUCAUUGCCAAUCUGGCCCUGAAUCCCGAUAAUCAUCGGGUGCUGAUGGACGCCGAAAUAGCCGACUGUCUAACACAAUUGAUAUUGCCGUCGGACGAGUGGUUUUAUACCAAUACUACUACAUCGUACGCCAAAUAUGUUAAACACCAAUCGGCACGUAUUAUGGUCUACUUGGGACUGGAGAAGCGUCUCAAACAUAAAGUCAAUCUGUUUGAUCUGUUAGAUGAAAGAGUACGUCCGGAAACACCAGUUUUCGAUAGCUAUGAAGAUCACUAUAUAAUGUCGACAUCAUUGGCACCGAUAGCCGUACACUCGCCACAAGACAAGUGCCGACUAUUGGGCGCCUCUAUAGAGGGCGUAGUCUUUAAUUUGGUUAAACUAAUUGAGACUAAACUAUUGAACGGUGAGGACAGCGACUGUAACGACCCGCUGCUAUACGACUCCUACUAUUUCGAUGGCACACAACUGAGGCCAACAUCAUCGGCAGCCGCGGCCACCCAGAGCUACGGUGGCCUACCGUCGGUAGUGGCGCCGGCCAUACAUGUCGACCUACCGUCCAGUAGUAGUACAACCAAUCGGACGGUUAUCGGCGACAACAACACGUAUGCCGAUGUUGUUGGCGGUGUCGACACCCAAACAACAACAUCGACACAACAACCGUUGGACUCGUUUUUCUAUCUGUCGGCUCUGCCGACUAGCGUACCGGCGCUGAUAGUCCUUCGGCUAUUGCAGCACAAAAUGUUUGGCUGUAUAUCCCUAUGGGCCUGGCCAUCGGGUGCCGUCAGCCGAUCCAGUAUGGCCGGUUCGAUGUCGAUGGCCAGUGGCGAACGAUCGCGGGCAUCAUCGACGUCUAACGCGGCACUGGACGCACUGAAUGCGGCGGCCGCGGCAGCCGCUGCCACUCUGGGCUCGCGGCGUAACGUCAAUCUGACCAUCAAUUGUUCGACAGGUAGUCUAUCGCCGGCUCCCGGUGUCGGCGUCGGCGCCGGUCGAGUGGACAUCGAGAGGCGCACAUCGCUAAAAGGUUUUGGUGACACCCGUCUGAUAAUACAGACAUCACUACCGAUAACAUCGGUAACACUSACAAUGGGUCCCAACACUGGUAGCGCCGCCAAUACAGGUGCCAAACAAUUGCUAUCAUCAUCGGCUGUAUCGCCGCAAUCAUCAUUGGCAUUGGUYGGCCUGAAAACAACUACUGGUGGCCAACAACCGUACAGCGGCAGUGGUGUCGUCGGCCGAAAAUCACUGRUCGAUCCGCAGCUACAGCACSUGAUGUACGCGACGACGACARCUGCUACCGAUAGUAGUCGUGAGAGUACACCCGCCGACUCACCCGUCCAUCACCAACACCAACARCAACAACAACAYCAGUCCCGACGGCCGUUUCGUUUUUCUAGUCUACGCCGCAAACGGCUGUCCCGAUCGACCGAUACGGGUAGUCCACCGCCACAAUCGUCRUCGUCGGGACGCGACUCGUUGACCAAUACCGCCGCCGYCGCCAAUGUUGUUGCUGCUGCUGCUGUCGAUGUCGAUACACCCGAACGUACCGAAGCCGAUAUUAUGGCCUUUCAGCGUGACAUACAAAACYUGCCGCGCGGUGACACMUCACCGGUACCACAUUUACCGACUGGUGGUCUCGGCCAGUAUGGUUCAAGUAUUGCCGCCUAUAUUAGGGACGCACUGGAACGGUCGGCAUUUGGUGGCGGUGGUGGCCAACCUCACGGUGGCGGUAACGGUAUGGCCGCCAAUAAUCUCGGCUACAAUAGGCCCCGAUCGUGCAGUGURCCGCGUGUCCAUUUCGAUAGUCUAGCCGCCACUUCUAGUAGUAAUUGUCUACAAUUGCCGUCCGCCAUGACUGCACAGGCCGUCCAAAAGUUUAUGGUGUCGUCAUCGACAUCACCGCAGCCAUUAUUGCCGCCGCCGUCGUCAUCGCUAAUCACACGUAGCGCUACUKCCGAGUGGUCGUCGUCGCCGCCGCAGCCGUCGACAGUGGCCGUCAUCGGUAGUAAUCAGUCAAUGACUACCGGACCCGGUGUCGCCACUCCCGGAGCCAGUAUAGGUCCACCGCAACCACUGGCAGCCAAUACAGGUAUCAGUCCGUCGGUAUCGCCGUCAAAGUUGGCGCCCAAACAGCCRACUGCGGCGGCCAACGAAAGCCCGCACUCGGCUGGCGGUGGUGGCGGCGGCGGUUCAUCGGCCACUACAUAUCGAUCGCCGUCUCGAUCCGGGUCGCGAUCGGGCAGUGCCGGACACGUAGGCAUUGGCUGUAUCGGCGGCGUCGGCACCGGUGGUAUCGACCCGAUUAUGCCGCACACMCAUCGGGCUAUACUGAAACUACUGCACGACUGGUGCCGACUGUGUCCGCACGAUUUUACCGAAAACAAACUGAUUGCCCGCGAAAUAAGCGACUUUCUCAACAAGAUUUCAAUAUUGGGUGCACACUAUCGAUGGUUUGCCGAUGAAAUACGAGUGUUGGCCGAUCUAGAGGACACGGAUAACAUUGAUGACAGUCAGGACACGGAUCAGGCCAUCAAUCAGGAGUAUCAUAUGCUACAACAAUUGGUGGUCACUGGCCAAUUGCCAUGCUCAAAAGAUGAGGCAUCAGUAUUGGCCGGCAUUCAAUUGAGAAUAGAGGAGACGUGGCCUCAAUCGAGGACAGGUAGUCAUCAGCAYCARCAKCWSCAUCAGUAUCAUUAUAAUCAACCGUCACCACAACACACCGCUUAA